AUGAAGAGGGACGAUGACGGGGCAGAGUGCAGCGGGAGUCGGCUGCUCCCCUCGUCCCCUCCUGUGUCCCCGUCCCCCUCUCCGUCCCCGUCCCCCUCUCCGUCCCCGUCCCCCGUGGGGGUGAGGCCUCCCGGACCCUCCCAGGACUUCCUGGACCAGUUUGCCCAGGUGAACUCUGCAAACAGCGGCGACCGUAAACACCGCGACGCCAGCGGCGUGCUGCCCUUCAUCGGCCUCACCAGGAGUACCGAGCAGAGUCGAAACUGCUGUAAGAACGGAGGAACGUGCAUCCUGGGCAGCUUCUGCGCCUGUCCUCGCUUCUUCACCGGGAGGAGCUGCGAGCACGACCAGCGCACCAGGAGCUGCGGUUUGAUUCCCCAUGGCGAGUGGGUGCAGAAGGGCUGCUCGUACUGCCGCUGCGGCUACGGCGCCCUGCACUGCUUCCCCCACGUCUUCUUCAAAGACUGCGACGACUCUGAGGAGGUGGUUUGGCAUCGAAGAUCAGCCGGCAGGAGAAACUUCAGCAGCUUCGUCGUGUUUCUGACUCCUCUGCUUCCUUUUAUGGUCUCUUAAAAGAAGAACUCAAAUGGAAACGAGGUCCGAGUGGAAAAGCCUCAGUCUGGAGCCCCAUCAGCAGCU